CUACCCUUCCCCCGUCCCUCGUCUGUCACCCACGACUAGAAUAUCUAUCUUUAUCUAUUCGAUCCUAUACCUGAACUACUUUCGAGAUGUCUGAACACACCUACAAGUUCGACGUCAAGAUGACUUGCGGUGGAUGCUCUGGCGCCAUCGAGCGUGUCCUCAAGAAGACCGAGGGCAUCGAUUCGUUUGACGUCUCUCUCGAGAAGCAGGAAGUCAUCGUCAAGGGCAGCAUUGAGUACGAUGCGCUGCUGGAGAAGAUCAAGAAGACGGGCAAGGAGGUCCGCUCUGGACAGACGGUUGCGUGAAUGGGAUGGUCGGUAUGCCCUGGAUCUCGAAGUCUGUACAAGUAUAAUAUGACAACGUGACGCGGACUGCGGUUUCCCCUUGCUCAAUUACGUUUGCGAAGCGAGUGAAUUAAUACUGGUUGAC